UUACUGAGCUUUAUAACUGUUGUUUAUAAACUCAGGCAGAACAUCAGAACAAGUCUGGAUGUAUCAUUUUAUUUUAAGAUAGGCUGUAAAGUUAAUAACAGUCUUGUCUUUAUCAAAGACAGGAUUACCACUGUUUCGACAUAUGAUUGGGGAUAUCACCACAGUCAACUACGUUAACUUUGUUAUUUUAUUUAACACUCAGCACUUAACACUAGUCGAUAUUCGUAGCUGUGCCGUUUCCAUGGUUACCAUGUGUAGUACCUAGAUCAGACUCGGUACAGAGGAGUAGAGUGUCUCCCUGUCUGAAAAUAUUUUUACACUCCGUUUAUCAUAGCCUGUUAUGAAUGUAUUUGCUGGCAUACUCAGUGGCUUACAUUAUUCUUUAAGGUCAUCUUGUACAUAUGUACAUUUUAAUACUGGGAACUGUCAUUGUGGGUUAUAGGCUUAUGUUAUAGUUUUCACAUGUACUUGUAUUUGAGUUGUGGUGAGCUAUGGUUGUGUUAAAAUGUUGUAUUAUUUUUUAAUUGUCCCCUUCCAGGCUCAAGCAGAUGGUGAUCAAUCCACACAUAGGUAGUCCCAGCAGUAAAAGAUACUGUGGGUUCGACUUAUAGCCCAUCAAGAUGAUUACUUCAGCAGUGUUGCACAAGCACUGAUCAGAAAAUACCCCUGCCUCGCUGAGCCUGGACCACACAAAUGGUAUGGCUGGAAAAACAGCCUUAAAUUUAAGAUGGCCAAUUAUCGCACAAAGCUUCGAAAAGCUGGAUGUGAGGAUGUAGCAAUCCUGGUUGAAAAUGGUUGAACGAUGGCCAGCACUCUUCACAGAGAGACAGGUGUUUGCUGAGUUUAAUAGAAUCGCCAGUAAGAAUCUUGAGGGAGACUUUUUUGAGGCUCAGGACCAGUACGCACCACGUUUCAUCGAACUCUUCAAAACAAAGAAGGGAACUGUUGGUCAGAAACUCAGGGAGCUGAUUCAGCACAUAAGCUGUAAGACACCAGACGUGACAGUACUCCACUCUGUUGUCCUCAAAGGCAUUCCCAUUUUACUCUGUGAUGAAUCCAGUGAAUUCUAUAAGACCUGCUCUGAUACAACGAGAGACGAGGCCCUAGAAUGCAUCACUGUUGGUGUGCUGACAGUUGUCAGUGAACAUAGUCCUCAUGAGGGUCAAAGCUCAGUGGACCUCCAGCCCAUCUCCACUGCCAUCAUUCUGGAGGGAGGUAUUGUCAUGGAUCAUAUUAAAAACUUGCCUCAGGCAGUUUGUCUGUUGUUUGGACUUACAUAUGUAUUGCAUUUGGAUUACCCAAAAUGCAUGGCAAAUACACUCCACUUCAUUCAGACUGUGAUGCUUGGACUGGGAAAGAAAAAAACUCCCAUCAAAACUGUUAACUCUGAAGAACAGUCUUUUGGGUUAGAACAGUAAAGAGCCGUCAGCUGUCAGAUAGCACUUUGUAAGCUUUGCAGCCAUUAAUGUUCGAUGCUUUCAUGCAACUGUUCACGCUAAUUUACGAUCUCAUUUUAAAAAAGAAAAGAAAAAUUCCAUGGAAGUCUGUACCAUGUUAUGCAGGUAUGCUAAUGGUGGAAAUAGAACUGUUUGCAAAGUGUUGUUAGUUGUUAUUAGAUGAUAAUGACAGAAAAUAACCUAGCAAGGUUGUCCUGUUUACAUUUGUGUUUUUGGAAAACUUUUAAUAGUUUUAAUGUAGCACAAAUACAAACCCCAAGGAGUGAUUUUUUUUUUCUUUGUGGUGGUUUAAUCUUUGGACUGUUCAAUUUGGGAAACAAAAGCAUUCGUUGUACUUAUAGCUUUGAUCAGAAAUGCACUGAUUUUUCCAUACACUGAAGUCCUGUAGUUAUCAGGUUUUUACAUGUUUAAUAUUGGGAGACUCUUAUUAGCUCACAGAAAUGUGGUUUUAUUUUUUUAUAUUUUUCCUUUAUUUUCUACAGUUAAAUCAAACAACAACUUUGUUGUUUAACUGCUGUUUGUACUCGAAUGUGCAUUGAAUAAAUGUUGUAAUGGAGCUUAAUCAACCCAGUGAGUGUUCUUUUAAAGUAUAUGUUUGUGGUUUGUUUGCUUUUAUCAGAUAGUAACAGCAAAAAUAGAUAAAGAGAGAAAAAAGGCCACAGGUUGGACCUAAACCUGGGCAGCUGCAACAAGGACCCAUUCAAGGAAAUUGGUUUCUUUAAUUUAAGUGAACUUGAAAAAAGAGUGCGCAGAACUAAAAAUGUUAAGUUGUAGGUAUUUAGUAAUUCUAAGUGGGGUUAAAUUUAUAUCAAGCAAUCCACACAACAUGAAAAAAUUAAGUUAACACAAAUCAUGUCUAUUAAGUUACAUGAACAUAAAAAAAACGUAUUAGUGGUACUACUUGAUUUAG